AUGGUCUUCUUAGGUCUUCACCCAGCUGUAACGUCCCGUUUGGCAGGCGUCAUUGGGUUCACUUUAGCAUACCAAACUGCUUUCGCGCUGUAUUCCGUACCCAACAAGACUGAAAAGCUUUAUGAUAUAGCAGGUUCUACUGGAUUUAUCACGUCUACUUUAUUGUCUUUGUAUUACCCUUCAAUUAAAUCAUGGUUCACCAAAUCACCUUCUAUCCCUCUCUCGUCCUUGCAACAUCAUCCGAGACAGUUGCUGAUUAGCGCUAUGAUAUUGCUAUGGGCCGGUAGAUUGGGAUAUCACCUUGGUGGGCGUAUUGUCAAACACGGUUCGGACUCUCGAUUCGACGACUUGAAGACUAAACCUGGGAUCUUCUCUGGAAUGUGGUUCGGUCAAGCACUUUGGAUAACCCUCGUCGGUUUACCAGCAUUCAUCGUCAACUCAGUACCCGCUUCUGCCCAUCCUGCUUUGGCUUUGAAGGAUUUCGUCGGAUUGGGAAUUUGGAUAGCUGGUUUAGGUUUCGAAGUGAUCGCUGAUCAACAAAAAUCCACUUGGAGAAAACAAAAAGAUGAGAAGAAACAUGAAGAGAAAUUCAUUUCAUCUGGUUUAUGGAGUUUGUCGAGACAUCCCAACUACCUAGGCGAAGUAAUCCUUCAGACCGGUCCUCCCCUCUUACUACUCACCACUCAACUCCCGCCUUCAAUCAAAUACCUAUCAUUCAUCUCACCUGUCUUCACUUACAUCUUACUGCGAUACGCAUCCGGUGUACCUCCCCUGGAGGAAUCAGCUGAGAAGAAGUUUGGUAAAGAUGAAAAUUGGAGAAAGUAUACUGAUAACGCGAGUAUGUUCGUACCAUUACCUUUUGGACUGGGCAAGGGUAAGAUCUAA